UUCGUGAAUUUCUGGAAGGGAAGCGGCGCAGUGGGGGAAAAAAACAAGAUGGCAACGGGCUCAGAUCACGGGCUGAAAAGAAUAGUUUGGAAAAGAAUACAGGACACAAUUAUUACAGACUGCAGAAACUCUGAAGUAUGGAAGAUAUUGAUUCUGGAUCCUUUCACCACCAAGCUCCUCUCGUCAUGCUGCAAAAUGUCCGACCUGAUGUCAGAGAAGAUAACAAUUGUGGAGGACCUGUUCAAAAGCAGAGAGCCUGUUCUCGAAAUGAAGUCCAUUUACUUUAUGACACCUACUGCUAAGUGUGUGGAUGCCUUUAUAAAGGAUUUCAAGCCCAAACCCAAAUACAAAGCUGCGUACGUCUAUUUCACUGACUACUGCCCUGAUGACCUGUUCAACAAAAUGAGGCAAGCCUGUGGAAAACACAUAAGGGUCUGCAAGGAAAUAAACAUCUCUUUCAUGCCUCAGGAAGCACAAGUUUUCACCUGCGAUAAUCCCGGGGCUUUCCGAAGCAUCUACAGCCCCAAGAGUCAGGACAAAACGAAGACACUGGAGACACUGGCAGGCCAGCUCGUUACGCUCUGUGCCACAUUAGACGAGUACCCAGGGAUCCGAUACAAGAAAGACGGCAACAUGGAGAAUGCCAAACUCCUUGCAGAGCUGGUGGACCGGAAGCUGGACACACACUACCAGCUGGAUGACAGUGGCAAGAAAAAGGAGAAGACCCAAGCCCAGUUGCUGAUAGUCGACAGAGGCUUUGAUCCUGUGACCCCCAUCCUGCACGAGCUGACCUACCAGGCCAUGGCCUACGAUCUCAUUGAUAUAGAAAACGAUACCUAUAAGUACAAGGCUAGAGACGGCUUAGAGAAGCAGGCCCUGCUGAAUGAGGAUGACAUGCUCUGGGUGAAGCUGAGGCACCAGCACAUCGCAGAGGUUUCAGCGCAAAUUCCCAAGAUGGUGAAGGAGAUAUCUGCUAGCAAGAAACAGCCAGAUGGGAAGAUCACAAUUAGCAAUUUGGCUCAAAUGAUGAAGAAGAUGCCUGCGUUCCGUAAACAGAUGACAGAGAAAACGAUUCAUCUGCAGCUGGCUGAGGACUGCAUGAAACAUUUCGCAAACAAUGUGGAGAAACUCUGCAAAGCUGAACAGGACCUUGCAGUAGGCGCCGAUGUGGAUGGGUUAAAGGUGAAAGAUCCCAUGAGGACUCUGCUGCCUGUGCUGCUGAACCCAUACAGUAAACAUGACAAGAUCAGAGCUGUGCUGCUCUACAUCUUCAGCCUGAACGGGACAACCGAGGAAAACUUAAACAAACUUAUUGAGCAUGUAAAGAUCGAGGGAGAACCGGAGUAUAUCCAGAACUGGAAAGAGCUGGGCGUGCCCAUCAUCAUAACGCCCAGUUUCUUCUCUCGUAAACCCAACCGACGAGAGCGUUCCCAAGAGGAGAGAUACAGCCUUUCCAGAUGGAUCCCCACCAUAAAAGAUGUGAUGGAGGAUGUCGUGGAGAACAAACUGGACACCAAAGAGUGGCCGCACCAGUCCGAGUGUCCUGCUGCCUGGAAUGGCUCCGGGGCUGUGAGCGCACGGCAGAAGCACAGAGCCAGCACUCAGGAUGACCGCCGGACUGGCUCACGUCUCAUCAUCUUUGUUAUAGGAGGGAUCAGCUUCUCUGAGAUGCGCUGCGCCUACGAGGUCACCAGGGCAAUGAAAACCUGCGAGGUCAUCAUUGGGUCUUCCCACAUUUUGACCCCCACCGUUCUCCUGGAUGACAUCAAGGCCCUGAGCAAAGGACCCAUGGAAAGCUUCACACUAGAGGUCGAGACCAAAGCUUGAGAAGUUCGGCCCCCACCCCGCUUGUUUCUCUACAUCCCUUAUCACUCAGCACAGCACACUUAUCUUAACUUCCUCAGUGGAAUUGUGAAGGGAAUUUCCUUACAGUCAUUUAAAUAGCUUUUCAAUCCAAGCCCGUGUUUAUAGUGCAAGGUAUGAGACGCAGAUUUUCCACAUGAAGACCUAAGAACAUGGUGCGAUUAUGACAUUGUGAUUUGAACAUUUGGAUAGUAUUUAAAUACUAACUGAUCUCAUCCUACUCUAACCCGUCUGUUUGUUUGUCUUAAAAAUUAUGAUAAUGUUACAAGUUGAAAGGCUUCUAAGAGAAACCUUGAAAAACAGAAAAGUGGUGCAAAGUCGCACAUCACUGAUGUAUAUAUGUAUGUAAGCACUGAGUCCCUGCUAUGCCAUUUUGACUUUUUCACCUCUGUUCAUAAACACUUUAAUGACUUUUGAAGACUAUUUUUAACAUUGAGUAUUUCGUUUUCCUUGAACAGCUGACUAAUAAAUGGAUGAAGUGGUUCAAGUCUUAA